UGACGAAGGCAAUCAUAGCAACCAGCAUGGCGACGGGGAAGCUUUGCCCUGUCCCUCAUCUGUUUAUAAGCUAGUUACCAUUACGCUACUCGAUUGCCUUGCAGCGUCAAAAUGUUUACAGUUAAGUACACUGUAGUUUCUGAAUGUAUCGAAGCUCUGUCGUCGCCGCCCAUGAAUAUUUUUGAGGAAAAUGGGAUACGCUGAGUGUAACGGUAUCAUGGACUCAAGAACAGGGAGUGCAUCGUCUGUACCUGGUUGCAGCCUUGGUAUGAGAGGACAAACUUUGAAAAGUAGCCCUUUUUGCCCUCGUUCCUCCAGCAAGUUGACACAAUCCAUCAUUAAAGACCACAUGGUGUCUCAUUAUAAAAAGAUUUACUCAGCUAAAGCUGCCAUUGAUGCCUCAGUACCCAAAAGCUUGAUACACAGUGUAAAGUAUAAUGACCAGAUCAGGCAGGAGCAGUUGAGGAAAGGAGGUCGUCCCCAGUCAGCCCACUCUCUCUCUCAGAGGAACAGCAGAGCCUCCUGCUCCUCAGCCCAGAGCAGAUUAUCUGUGCAGUAUGAUGACAGCCCCUUCCUCUGCUCAAGGAGCUCCAUGGUCUCCAGCCCAAGGUUCAGCACCUCCUUUCAUGCAAAGGAGAUAGUUUAUCCGUCAUGUAAAGCAGGCUCUCAGAACCAUUCCCAUCAUACUCGCUCAGCUUCAGAAUUAAAGUACCGGAGCCCAGAGGCCACAUCACACAGAAAGCUGUCAGUAUGUUCACUGGCAGCUUCAGGAAAUCAAAAUUGUUACAAGACUUUCCAAGAUCCUGUCCAGAAGACGUACAGCGGAGACUUGCUCCAGAAACAUUCACAGCACUUUACCCAAGACAAACCUUUCAUGCCUAAGACCUUGAAAUCAGACAAGAGCUCAUACCUGUCAAAAUAUCGCUACUACAGAGCACCACGAAGGAACCCUUCUCAGGAUUGCACCAACUCAAGAUUGAUGCGACAGGAGACAUAUCAUGGAAGCACAAAAACAAAGGAAUACACACAGGAAUUUUAUGAGCCAUCUCAGGAAUUUAGUACAGAGCACGAGUGGUCUGAGGAUGAGUUCAAUGGCACAUAUUUCUCAACAUCCACAAAACGAACUCAAGCAAACAAGAGCAGAGACCAUGAUUUCUUUCACUCCUCAUCCAGGGCCUCACCAGAAGGCAGGAAAUCUCCCAGUAUGAGGAGUGUAUCUGCAGAGGAAGAAGAACUAAUGUACCUCGAAUUCAUUUCUACUGUAACGGAAGACAUUUUGUCUAGGGGGUCCAUCUCUGACAGGGUCCUAGACAGGGUGAUAAAGCGCCAUAUCGACAUGAAUCGGCAUCGGCUUAAUGUGGGUAAAAUGCGCCACCUUCUGGAUGUUUUACGUAAAGAUUUUGAGGAGCCAACCAACACGUCCACCUCCAGUGCAGAGCUCAAAAAAAAGGAGAAAUAUCUGCUUGAUACACUCCUACCAGAGCUGGAAUCAGGGGAUAUGAAACAGCAGAAGACCAAAGAAGACAAUGACCUUUUCCCUUACGCGUCACUGAUUAAAUACUGUGGUUCACCAGAUCAUGCUGAUCCCUUACUGGUUUCUACACCGUUGUGCUCUCCUGAAAGGAGUGCUUCACCGGCUACAACAAAUGAAAAGGCAGAGGAGGAUGACAAUCAGGAAAAUGGAAUUGGCUCUCCUUCUCUCAAUGAGCAUGUUUCUGAUAAUACAGGAAUCAGUGAAGAUGACUUCCAUCACGUUCAUAAAGCCACAGUUGAAACAAACAAAGAAGCCAUCAAUCAAAAGCAUGAAUACACCACUUUAUCCAGGGAUGAAGAAUUCCAUCAAGACCAAGCCGAGGCCAGUUAUAAUGGACAAUCGAAAGAGCUUGAGGAUCUGGGAAGAAGUUUGUCAGAGUCGCUGUACAUUACCAGCACUACACACUGUGACAACAUGGAGGCUGCAAAUGAGCAACAUACAAAUACAGUUGCUUCUGUCAGUGAUGACGAGUUCUGAGUUUUUCUGUAUUCAGGGAUUUAAUGUCCUUUUAAUGAUUUUGUUACCAAGUGAGUGUUAUUGAAGAGAGAAAUGUAAAAUUUCAUUUUCCGAAAGUUUAGUUUUGCAAAUGUAUUAAACACUGGCUGCGUUUUCCAUAUUUUACAAACCCUGAAAAUUAGGUGUUUUAGUGCUAUUCUGCUUUUUUUUAUCUUUUUAGAAAAGCACAAUGAAAAUGUCAUGAAACAAGGUUUUGCAAGUACAUCAGAGACAUGAAUGUCUCAUUUGAGAUAUUGUAUAAUGGGCAAAUACUUAAGACACAGUGGUUGAGCUGCAGGUGAUUUCCAGAGUAAUCUUCUGUGUUUUAUAUUAUUGCUCCAUGGGAACUAGUAUGAUUUGCAAAAUUGCAAAAAAUAGUCCUAGCACUGCACUGACGUCAGAUGUGUGGAAUUAGUGGUAUCUUUUAGUUUGAGUGGAUUGCAGAGUGUGCCCAGUCUUCAGUAUGAUGUAGCUGCAGUUUACAUUUUCAAAUUUCUAGAAAAACAAUGCUGUUACAAAGAAACUUAUCAUCCUUUAUUGUUUGUUUUGACAUAUGCCGCUGAUAUGUAGCCACUAGGAGUUAACUGUCACCAGAAAGUGUCUUUGCAAUUGCAAUAAAUUUUCUAUUCUGCUUCUUGUAA